UGUAUACAAGACUAGAAUAAUAAUAGAGACUCUCAAUCCCUUAAGAAAUACGAUAAAGAAUAGUUUUCAAGAAAAACAUUCCCUUUAGAAUUCCAUUGGAGAGAAUAAAACUCUUAGUUGACCAAACUAUACACACAAACCCUCACAUGUCAUAGAAUUUGUAUGUGCUAUUAGAAGAUCAAGCUAAGCUAGCAAGCAUAUAAGUAACAAAAAGAAAAGAAAAAAAAAUCAAAAGCUAGCUAAGAUAUUCCAAAUCCAAUUUAGGAUUUUUAUUUCAUAAAAAAAAGGGAUAUGGAUGGAGAAAGAGAUGUUCCCAAUUAUGAUCUCCAAGUUUCAUUCACAAAUACCCCUCAAGCUAUUCAUGAAAUGGGUUUUGUUCAAUUUGAAGAAAAUCAAGUUCUUAGUUUCUUGUCACCCUCUACACAAUCCCAACCUUCUCAACUUUCUCAAUCUCUAAAUUCCGGCCGUGGCACCACCAACGCCACUACCGGUGCAGCCGUCACAACUACCACCGUGGCUGCCGGGUUUAGCCAUAAUGAUCUUGUCACUACUAGAACUCCUUGGAACAAUGAACAGGUGAGAACUCUAGAUCCCAAAGCUGUGAGUGAUGAGAAUUGCACUGGAAAUACUAGUGAUGGCAACAACACAUGGUGGAGGAGUGGAGGAGCAGAGAAGAGCAAGGUGAAAGUGAGGAGGAAACUUAGAGAGCCAAGGUUUUGUUUCCAGACAAGAAGUGAUGUAGAUGUGCUUGAUGAUGGUUACAAAUGGAGGAAGUAUGGUCAAAAAGUUGUCAAGAAUAGUCUUCAUCCAAGAAGUUAUUAUCGUUGCACACAUAACAAUUGUCGGGUGAAAAAAAGAGUUGAACGACUCUCAGAAGAUUGUCGUAUGGUAAUAACCACUUAUGAAGGCAGACACAAUCACUCUCCUUGUGACGACUCUAAUUCUUCUGAACACGAAUGUUUUACGUCUUUUUGAUCCAACAAUGUCGUUCCAAUAAAACAAUUAUAUAUGUUUUGAUUAAUUAUUAGUUGUGAUUUUUUUUUCAUAUAAUACAUGAUUGAGGGAUAUUGUCGUGUAUUUAUAUAUGAUGUUAUGUUAUACUGAACUUUAAUCUUUGUUUCAAAGAUAGUAAUUUGUUGUUUAUAAAAGAGAUCCAUUUACGUAU